AUGGAGUCCUCAUUCAACUACGUCAUUGCAGGCGGAGGCACUGCUGGUGUCGUGAUUGCUUCUCGUCUAAAAGAAUACCUACCCAACUCUAGCAUCGCAUUACUCGAAGCAGGUCCAAACGCAGUAGACGAUCCCGCUAUCGACAAUGUCGCGGACCCACUCAACUGGAUGCCGCUAUUCCAGAAAGGUUUCCUCAUAGACUACUCAACCACACCACAAGAACAUCUGGGUGGCAGGAACAUCAUGAAUGUUGCGGGUCGUUUGCUGUCAGGAGCAAGUGGUGUCAACAUUGGGUUGUGGAUGCGUGCCUCUGCUGCUGAUCUGGACGUCAUGGCUGAAAGAGCGGGAAAUGCAAGAUUCACAUAUGGCAAUAUGAAAAAGUACUACAAGCGCAUAGAGACGCAUUUCGAUGCGACAGCCGAUAAAGAUCGGUAUGGCUUUGAGGGCAAGAUUCAUACUGUAGGUGGAAGAAAGUAUCCAAUCCGGAACCUUAUCCAGGAGAGUGCAGAGAACCUGGGCCACAAGUACAAUCCAACCAGGGGAGACCCAACAGGUCUGGGGGAUAUCACGCAGUGCUGGCGUGCUACUUCCGAGUCUACUGCAACACGGCAACACAGUGCCAAAGUAUACGACCUAAGCGGCGUCGAAGUCUUUUGCGAUACAUCCGUAGCUCGCAUUCUUCUCGACGACUCAAAGCGAGCGAUUGGAGUGGAACUUACCUCCGGCAAACGCAUCAUGGCUACAAAAGAAGUCAUAAUUUCAUGCGGAACCCAGGUCUCACCAAAGAUUUUGAUGCUAUCUGGCAUUGGACCCGCCGACGAACUGGCCAAACACAACAUCCCCCAAACCGUCAAUUCACCCGCCGUAGGUCAGAACCUCUGCGACCACAACGCCAUGACGAUGUACUUUAAGCUCAAAGACGCCUCAAAAGGCUAUGCCCGCCCCUUCAACGGGUAUACAGAACCAGCAUAUGGCCAGGGUCUCCCCUUUGACUUUUGUUUGUUCGCGAAUAUUCCCGACACAGAGCUUUCUCCGCACCUCAAGGACGAUGGCAUCCGCAUUGAUGAACCGCAACAAGAGAACCUUCUACUGAGGCCAAACCGCGUGACCCUCAACUCGGCGGAUCCCAACGAUAAACCUGUGUGCGAUCCGCGUUUCCUCGCUACUACCACUGAUCGGUUUAUUCUGCGUCGCGCUGUGCGUGAGAACUUGCGCCUGGUGGAGACGGGGCCGUUGGCUGCGGAGGUCGAGGGCGAGGUUCCGCCUGCUGGUGCGCAGUUCUCCGCGUUGACGACGAAGAGUAGCGAUGAGGAGAUUGAUGAAAGGAUAAAGCAAUUUGCAGGUACAAUUUGCCAUCCCAUGGGUACAUGUGCGUUGGGAACGGUGUUGGACGAUGCGUUCAGAGUUAGAGGAGUCGAGGGACUGAGGGUUUGCGAUGCUAGUGUUCUCCCGGAACCGAUUGCUGCUAUGCCUUCUUGUACUAUUUAUGCGUUGGCGGAGAUGUGUGCUGAUCUCAUUGCUGGGAAGGCCUAA